AUGAAACAUUAGAUGGUGAACAUGAAUGAUGUGAUCUUUAAGAAAAUACUUAUUAUGUUUAAUCUUCUGAGAGAACAAGAUAAAUAGGGAUAGUAGAAAGAAUAUUAGAACAUUUUGUCAUAGAAAUUAACAGCAACAUAUUAAUACUUUGGUAACAGAUUCUGA